GGGCGGCGGGGCCUUACCUGUGCGUUCGCGGCGAGCGCCUCUCGGAGGGCUGGGCGCUGCUUCGGCGGAGGGCCUGGGCCUGCGACUCCUUGGCAGGGGCCGUGCAGUUUCUGCGCUUUUCCUUUUUAAAACAAUUGGCGCUCUUAAAUCCGAAGUUCCCUGCUUUCAGAUAUUGCUAAAAUCUGUCAGUGCGCCUGUUACUGUGUUUCUCCUGUUCGAAUUAAUUGGGAAUCAAAAACCGUACAGCUCGGCAUCUGUCAGCAAACAGGCUCGUCCGCUGCAGACAAUAGAUCACAAAGGGCGUGUUGCAGUGGCUGCCUUGCAGCCCUUCCAUCAGCCCGCAGUGCCGAGCGAGCCGCUCGCGCAGUGCCGUGUGUGCUGUGCGUAUCCAGCCGGUGACACGCGCUCAACUUGUUCCUCUGAACUAAAUGGAGAACAUAACGUAUAGUCAUGCGAUUAUAUAAUUGUCGUAUUUGUUCUUUAAAAGUGUGGUGGGCUUUGAGAUGUACGAGGCAGUUAGGUUCUGACAGUCAGUACGUGCGUAAGUGAAACUCUAACAGCUAGUGCUGAAUACCAGCAGGACCAUCGGAGCCGCCUCCUCGCUGCUCUGAAGGAACCACUGAUCUGACACAGGCCUGCCUUUUCCAUCCGUGCACAAAGGAUCAAAAAGACAGUUUUCCCGUGGACAGAAUCCUCGUGGUUCAGGCAUUCGUGCUCUAAAGCACUCCACGUAUUGAGUUAUUUAAAAAAAAUUAAAGAAAAAAUGGCAAGACCUCCUGAAGCAAGCAAGUGUCCUGGGCUGAUGCCAAGUUAUGGUUUUUUGACCGAGAAGGGGAUUAAAUGUAGCAAAGUAAUGUAGAGAUGCCUGCUUUAGCUGGAGAGUUGGACUUGAUGAUCUCUUGAGAUCCCUUCUAACCCCUGUAAUUCUGUGAAAACAGCAGGUGCAUGUGACAGCAUUGCAGCAAUGAGUGGAAUUUUGAAGAGGAAGUUUGAAGAAGUUGAUGGCUCCUCACCUUGCUCCUCUGUGCGGGAAUCAGACGAUGACAUUUCUAGCAGUGAAAGCGCUGACAGUGGUGAUAGUGUCAAUCCAUCCACUUCUAAUCAUUUUACCCCUUCUUCAAUUCUGAAGAGAGAGAAGCGGAAGAGAACAAAAAAUGUCCAUUUUAACUGUGUCACUGUGUAUUACUUCACGAGAAGGCAAGGCUUCACCAGUGUUCCCAGCCAAGGGGGAAGCACGCUGGGAAUGUCCACUCGCCACAACAGCGUGCGCCAGUACACGCUUGGAGAGUUUGCAAUGGAGCAGGAGAGGCUUCACCGGGAGAUGCUGCGAGAGCACCUGAGAGAAGAAAAACUCAAUUCUCUAAAAUUAAAGAUGACAAAGAAUGGUACAGUGGAAUGUGAAGAGGCAAAUACGUUGACACUGGAUGACAUUUCUGAUGAUGAUAUUGAUCUGGACAACACUGAAGUGGAUGAGUAUUUCUUUCUACAACCCCUGCCAACAAAAAAGCGAAGGGCACUGCUGCGAGCUUCUGGAGUGAAGAAGAUUGAUGUGGAAGAAAAACAUGAGCUGCGGGCCAUCCGGCUGUCCAGAGAGGAUUGUGGCUGUGACUGCCGCGUGUUUUGUGAUCCAGAAACUUGCACUUGCAGUCUUGCAGGCAUAAAGUGUCAGGUGGAUCGUAUGUCUUUUCCAUGCGGUUGCACUAAAGAAGGGUGUAGCAAUACAGCAGGUAGAAUUGAAUUUAAUCCUAUCCGUGUACGGACUCACUUUUUGCACACAAUAAUGAAACUUGAAUUGGAGAAAAAUAGAGAACAGCAAAUUCCAUCACUAAAUGGCUGCCACAGCGAGAUAAGUGCACAUACUAGUACUAUGAGUCCAGGACCCCAUCCGGUUGAAUAUUCAAUUGCAGAAAAUUUUGAGAUUGAAACUGAACCUCAGGCUGCAGUUAUGCAUUCUCAGUCAGCCGAGGACUUGGACUGCCCUGGGGAAGAGGAGGAAGAGGAAGAUGGGAGUAGCUUUUGUAGUGGAGUUACUGAUUCUAGCACUCAGAGUUUAGCCCCUAGUGAAUCAGAUGAUGAUGAAGAGGAAGAGGAAGAUGAGGAAGAUGAUGAGGAAGAAAAAGCAGAUGACUUUGUAGAAAGUAUGAGCUCCCAUGCUGACAUGGUGCCUCUUCCUUCUGUCCUUUGCUACUCUGAUGGAACUGCUGUGCAUGAAAACCACUCUAAAAAUGCCUCAUACUAUACUAACUCUUCAAAUCUAUAUUACCAAAUAGAGAACCAUGUUGCUGGCACUGCUAACCAGAUUGGUGAGACUUACUCAGAAAGGGAUGCUGUCAAGAAUGGCAAUCUUUCUCUGGUGCCUUACAGCAUGACUUCAGAACAGUUUGUUGACUACACUCGGCAAUCAGAGGAAACUUUUAGCAGCCCUCAUUACCCUUCUGCAAACCCCUCAGUGAUUGUUUGCUGCUCAUCUUCUGAAGGUGAUAGCAGUGCUCCGUGUAACAGUUUAUACACUGAGCAUAGGCCAAGUCACUCUCAAGUGGAAUUUCACUCAUUCUUGAAAGGUCCUUCUCAAGAUGGAUUUGUUUCAGCUUUGAAUGGCGAGAGUCGUGUACAAGAGCACCCUGCUGAGAAUUCACUAGUCCUCUCAGAAAAGAGUAGACUGCAUGAAGAGUGCAUCAAAUCACCAGUGGUAGAAACAGUACCUGUUUAAUAUUAAAAUUAUUCUAAGACUGACUUCCUGUAAUAAAAUGCACUCAAAUUGGAUUUCCUAGAAUCUUAAUUUUUUUUUUUAAGAGGUAGACAACACUUGGGCUAUAGUCAAUGUUCCAGACACACUUUCAAGCUACAUUGCCAGAGGCACUGCACAGAAUCAGUUCAUGUAAAGAUUAAAAAAAGCAAACCAACAUCAGACUGUCUUUUGAUAAAACUAAAACACGUAAGUAAAAAACCACACCUAACAUAUUUCAAAGUAGCCUACCUGUCAAAUACAUGAAACAUGCCAAGCUAUCUGAAUCAAAGCUUCAAGUUUUUGAUUGUCGGGCCUGUGCAAGAUUGUUAAAAAUGAUAGUUUGAAAUAAUCAUGUUUAAAGUCCUGAUUUUUAACGUACCUGAAAGAACAUAACUUUAAUGUAAAAGUAAUUACUGUACAAAAAAGUUUUAAUUGUUCUGUACUGUAUGUAUUUUAUUUAUGGUAGUUUAGUAUUCAUGUUUUGAUAAAAAUGAACAGCAUGUUCAUUUGAACAGAAGAUCCAUAGUUAGUAAGAAAGAGCAUGACCAAUUUUCAUCUGGAAUACCGUGUAUUUUUUAAAUACCAUUUCUGAUAAAUUAACUUAAAAUGCAUUUCUAGAGUACUAUUUAUUUUCUCUUUCUGUUUACUGUUCUUGACCAACAGAAGAGUCAGAAAGGGGGGCAUGUACAUCUUAUAGAAAGGUAAGAGGUAGACAAUCCUCCAUCAAAAUUAGUGGUAUUUCUAGAACUAGCACCCCUUCCCAAAGAAAAAACGAUCUUGUAUAUAAUGGCGAAGCAGUAACUUCAGCUUGCACAGCACCUUUUAGCCCAGCAAACAUUCAGAUACUUACUUAUGCACUUUAGUGCCAUUUUGCAGUGAUGUUUCAACUGCAGAAACUGUGAACUAUUUUGGAGAAAUGCCAUAACUCCAGAUUCCGAGGUAUAUGUAAGAUCUUAAAGUCCGUUGCAACAAAACUUGGAUGUUUUCCUAAGCCAGUAUAUGAAUAAGUCAGUAAAUA